CCGAGGAGCUGGAGCAGGAGCGGUCGCAGGGCGCGCAGCAGACCAAGCGGCUCCAGGAGGUGAUCGAGACGGUGCGCGAGAACAGCGACCGGCAGCAGGCCGAGCUGCAGCGGGAGAAGCAGCAGCUGCAGGAGCUGGUGGAGACGCUGCGGGUGCGCCAGCAGAAGACCAGAGACACCCGCCUGCAGGAGGUGGAGCAGGAGAACAGCGUGCUCACCGUCAAAAACCAGGAGCUGAGCGGGCAGUUGUCGCGGCUGCGCCAGGAGCGUCAGCAGCUGGAGCGGCUGACGGAGCGGCUGCGCGAUAGCUCGCUCCGUCUGGAGGAGGCCGAGCAGCAGAAGGCCGAUGCGGAGCGUGACAACCGGCACCUGCAGACGGCGAUCACGUCGCUGAGGCAGACCUGCGAGCGUCACGAGCGGCUGGAGCAGGAGCACUCCAGCCUGGAGGCCGAGUACCAGCGGCUCACCAAGCUCGUGGACAACAUGAAACAGCAGCUGGACGGCGCGAAGCAGGACAACGCCGCGCUACAGGUGGAGAAGCGCCACCUGAUGGAGCAGGGGCACUCCAGCGCUUCCCGGCUGGAGGAGCUCCAACAAGAGAAGGAGCAGCUGCUCAAGAGCAGCAGUUCGCUCCAGCAGGAGCUGCAGACGCUCCGGGAUGUCCACAUCAAGUGCGAUGUCCAGCUCUCCACGCUGCAGACGGAGAAGCACAAGCUGGAGAAGACGUCGCAGGCGGUGCAGCGGCGCGCCCAGGACAUGGAGCGCGAGAACCGCGAGCUUGACGCCGAAAACCAGAAGCUGCUCAAGACGGUGGAGACCCUGAAGAUGUCGACGCGGCGCCUGAACGAGCUGGAGCGUGAGAACACCGAGCUGGAGGCCUCCAACGACAUGCUGAGCCGGGAGAAGAGCUCGCUGGCCAAGGAGGCGGCGCGCCUCCGCCAGGCGGUGGAGGUGAAGGACGCCAGUGUGGACGAGCUCUCGUCGCGCGCCGCGACCCUCGAGCGCGAGGGACGCCGGCUGACCAAGGAGCUGGAGGAGCGCGAUGGGCAGGCUGCCAUGCUCAAGCAGCUCGAGACGGAGAAGACCAGCCUGGUGCAGGAGACCCGUAUGGACAAGAAGACGCUGUGCGCGCUGCGCGAGGAGCUGGUGCAGGAGAAGAUCCGCACGCAGCAGCUGAACGCCGAGCUGGAGCAGCUGAACGGCGAGCUGCAGCGGGUCGGCAUCGACAAGGAGCGGCUGGUCGCCUCCGACUAUACGGUCGGCGAGAGUCGCUUCAAAGCCUUGGAACAGAUGAUGGAGGAGGCUUUGAAAAAGGGGAUGGAGGUUAAGGACCAAAAGAUUGCCUCAUUGGAGGCCAAGCUGAAGGAGGCGCAAGAAAGACAACAGAUGGUGUGCGCCGAGCUGUCGUCGGUGCGUCAGGAGUACCAGCAGCUGCAGCAGGAGACGGGCCAGGUCACCAGCGACAGCUCCAAACAGCUGAGCGGGGUCAAGGCCAGGCUGGCCGAGAUGGAGCGCAGGAACAACAACCUGAUCAACGAGCGGGAGAACCUGGCGUGCGAGAAGGAGAGCCUGACGGAGCAGGUGACGUCGCUGCAGGCCGCGGUGGCCAACUUCCAGUCGCAGAUGUCGGCGCUGACGCAGCACAACGUGAACGUGCAGUCGGAGCUGGCCAAGGUGCAGGUGGAGCACACCACGGUGCAGAGCCAGGCGGCCGCGCUCACCGCCCAGAUCUGCACGCUACGCACGCAGGCCUCGGCCGGCCAGGCUGAGAAGGAGCAGGUGAGCCGGCACCAGGAGGAGCUGCGCUCCUCGCAGGAGCAGCUGCUGGCCGACCACGAGACGCUGCAGCGGCUGCAUGAGCAGCUGACGGCCGAGUACGAGCAGCUGAAGCGUGAACAGGCCGCGCUCAAGGGCGCCAACAAGACAGUCAAGCACGAGUACCGCACGCUACAGGAGCGGUACGACGCGGUCACAUCGGGUCAGGACGACCUGGUCAAAAUCAAGGAGACGCUGGAGGAGGAGCGCGAGAGCCUGCGCACCGACACACGCUCCCUGCAGAACCUCCGCGAGGAGCACUCCCGCCUGAAGGACGACUUCCGUAACCUGUUCACGGCCAACGAGAAGCUGAAGACCGAGUACAAGUCGCUGCAGUCCGACUACAGGUCGCUGAAGACGGAGAACAACACGCUGAAGCUGAAGCAGACCGAGGUCCGCGGGCAGAUGUGCGACAACCGCGACCACAUCAACGGCCUGGAGGUGGAGAUCUCCAAGCUGUCCAACCGAUGCGAGGUGCUGACGCAGCUGAACACGGCGUUGGAGGAGGACCGGCGCUCGCUGAUGGGCCAGGUGACGGUGCUGCUCACCCAGUACCACGACCUGCUGUCGGCCACGCUGGAGGAGAAGGACCACUUCCACGAGGAAGAGCGACACCUGGCCGACAAGCUCAACAACCUGCGCCGCCAGAAGGAGAAGCUCGAGGAGAAGAUCAUGGAGCAGUACCGGCGCAUGGAUAACUACACGCCCAAAAAGCGGGGGUUCGGCGCCAACCUGGUGCGCCGCGUCAAGCGCGCCGGCACGGACCUGAUCAGCCGCGUGCCGCGCUCGGCCCGCUCGCGCUCGCGCACGCGGCUCGAUGACGUCACCGACAGCCCGGACUCGGCCAGCCUCGGCAGCGGCUCGGCCGGCAACGACAGCAUCGACAGUGGACCGGACUCGAUCCGCAAGUCGCCGCAGCAGGAGGACGAAGCGGGCGUGGACGAGCCGACGCCGGUGGAGCGGCCGACGUCGCGCCGCUCGCUCGGCGGCCGGCCCCUCUCGCUGGUGGAGGACCGGCGACGCUACCGCUCCUCCGUCUCCAUCGACGAGUCAGCGCUGCUGCGGGCCACCGAGCCGGCAGAGCGGAGGGCAAACGGCAAGCUGAGUCACCGGCUGAGCCUGGGCCCGAUGGGGCGCACGCGACGGGCCAUGUACUACAACGACGAGGACGACUCCAUUCCGACCAGAGACGUCGGACCCGGACAGCCCAACGGUCUGACCGGGUGUCGCUCGGAGGUGCUGAUUCGACCCUCCGUCGGCUCCGUCUCCAGCAUCCACUCGGCCGACAUUGUGUCCCUGAAGACGACGCCGACAGCGGCCAACGGCGGCGGCUUCCAGAGUCUGAUCAACAUCAGCGGCGAAGGCCCGGCCACCUCCCCGGACCACACGACCACCAUCUCGAUCGAGGCGGACGAGUCGAGCACCAUCACCAUCAACGGCCAGUCGCCGGCGCCGCCGCCCAAGGUGCCGCCGCGCAGCGCCACCGGUACUCCGGACGCCAGCCGGACGCCGCCGCUGCCGGCCAAGUCGCUGUCGCUGCGCCGGCCGCUGCUGACCGAGCCGGACUCCCUCAGCUCUAGUCACAGCGGCUCGCCGACGCCCAGUCAGCCGGCUUCCCUGCCCUACUCGGCCAGCCCGGUGCCGCCGGCGGCCGGCAAGGAGCGCGCCGCCGCCAAUGCGCUCUGGUACGAGUACGGCUGCGUGUAG